CGCGAAGAGCACGGCGCGAGUCACCCGCGCUCCUGGUUCUAACUGAUACAUCGCCGGAGCUUAUUGUUUAGCUGCUCGUCGUUUAUCGUCAGAGCCUCUCGAACUGCAGGCUCGUUACAAGUCGACAUUCCGUUUCCCAUUUGUUUGCUCACGAAGCCGAUCCAGGUCAUUUCGGUCGCUAGUCGUUAGCUGCAGACCUUUAUUACAUCAUACCUUUCGCAUCCCAGCAUUCCGAGCUCUCUCCUUACUAUAGUUGCAGCCACCAACACCUAGCCCACCAUGGCAGACGUCGAGAAGAAGGAAGAGCCUGUGGCGACUGAGCAGCACGAGAAUGAUACGGGUGCCGGCGACGAUGGCGACGACGAGGAGAUCUCGGCGAUGAAGAAGAGGGUGGCCGAGAUGGAAGAGGAGGCCGCCAAGCUUAGGGAAAUGCAAGCGAGCCUCGACUCGCAAAGCCAAGAGCUUAGCACCGAGAGCAGGGAUGACGUCGACAGCCGCAGCAUCUUUGUCGGCAAUGUCGACUACUCGGCCUCCCCAGAGGAGAUCCAGGCGCACUUCCAGAGCUGCGGUUCCAUCAACCGAGUCACCAUCCUCCUCGACAAGUUCACGGGCCAGCCCAAGGGGUUUGCCUAUGUCGAGUUCACGGAGCCUUCCCUUGUAGCGCAGGCACUGGUUCUUAACGAGAGCGUCUUCAAGGGCCGGAACAUCAAGGUUUCUCCGAAGCGGACAAACUACCCAGGAAUGAGCCGAGGCCGUGGAAGGGGUCGCGGGCGUGGUGGCUUUGGACGCGGAGGCUUCCCGCCCAGGGGAGGUUACCGGGGCGGCUACCGUGGACGUGGGCGAGGCUUCACGCCGUACUAGGCGUUCGCUCAACUCGGUGGUGUCGUCUAUUUUCUUCCGCCUCUACUGCGCAGGCCUUUGAGUGCUGACGCUAGAGUUCCCAAAGAGCAGUUGCAAAGACGACCCUGUCAAUGGGCUGAUAUUUAUCUGAAUUUUUUUUUUCUUUUUGCUUUUUGUCUUGUUUUUGCAUUCUACGGUGCGGUCUGGGCAGCCUGUCCGCACUACUAUUCUCGAUAAGGAUCGAUCUCUAUUGCAGUGUAUGAUAGAGCAGAAUGUCACGUGAAGAGGAGGAGUCCACGAAACUCUCAGCGAUCUGUGGUCUCAUCUUGAUGCAUGCGCGGACUGACAAAAGAGUUGAGAAACAUGACUGAGAAGACCAUGUCACCGAUGAUGAUUAUUCGGAUGCGGCUGCUCCGGACAAUGGUGCUG